AACCAAAGUGUAAUAGGGAUGAAUAGAACGAGAGUCUGUGUUGAUUUGAUAUGAGAGUCGUGCAUCCGAGGUUCCUUCUCCAGCUCUGGAGUUCAGAAUGUUCUUGAUGUGGGAUCUGGAAGCGUGAGAACUCCGGGUAACGUAUAUAAACUAUAUCACUUUGAUGUUCUCAUUCACCUGCUUUUCUCUACGCUUUCAAGUGUAGCUUGCAUGAUCUAUGCAUUCACACAGGAAUGAGAAUGUGUUUUGUAUAUUUGAUGCAUGUGUUCCUAUUUACAUGAUGUUUAAUAUGUGAAUGUUUUCCAAUCUAUCUCCCACUUUCUCCUUUAAUUCAUUGCACAUGCAGAGAUAAAAGUUGUCUUCUGUAUCAUAAUCUGCUUUCGAAACGUUUGCAUACAACAGGGGUGUGGAAAACAAGAUCGAUGCUCUCGAAGGUGAACGUGAUCAUCGAUUUCAAAAUGUAACUUUUCGGGUUGCACAGAUUUGGACAGCCAUGCAACGCAUCCAAUGGACUGUCAGCUGCCUGAACUGAUCAAGCCACUCUCAAAACAAUCCUCCUUCAAUGGCUUUGAAUGGGACAGGUGCUGAAUUCAGAUCCUCCGGGAUAUCCGCAGAGAUUUCGACAGGUACAACUGACACCCGUUCUUGGUUCAUGGAGCGGAAGGUGUCUCUAGGUGAUACGGUACUCAAUAGCACAAUGGAUUGCAAUGAGAGUGAAAACAGAAACAGGUCAGACUUGUUGACCUCUAUGUCUGCGCAGAAGAACUGGCUGGCACUGUUGAUUUCACUGGUCAUUAUAAUCACAGUGACUGGUAACAUACUGGUCAUUAUGGCGGUGAGCCUGGAGAGGAAGUUGCAGAAUGCCACAAACUAUUUCUUGAGGUCUUUAGCCAUUACAGACAUGCUUCUGGGUAUCCUGGUAAUGCCAGUAGCCAUGGUCACCAUCCUCUAUGGUUACACGUGGCCCCUGCCCUCGGCUCUGUGUCCGAUCUGGAUCUACCUGGAUGUUCUCUUCUCCACCGCUUCCAUCAUGCACCUGUGCGCCAUGUCUCUAGACCGAUACAUCGCCAUCCGCAACCCCAUCCACCACAGUCGCUCAAACUCUCUAACUAGAGCCCGUAUUAAAAUUAUGGCAGCCUGGACCAUCUCUGUAAUUAUCUCGAUGCCUGUCCCGGUUCUCGGCCUUCACGAUCACUCCAAAGUCUUCCGGAACGAAAGCUGCCAGCUGACGGACGACAAUUUCGUUCUCAUCGGCUCUUUCGUGGCGUUCUUCAUCCCACUUAUUAUCAUGGUGGUGACCUACGUUCUCACCAUCAGCGCUCUGCAGAGCGAAGCCACUUUGUGCCUCGACCAACUCAUAGUACGGCCAAAAUGGUCGUCUACGAUCGGACUCCUCCCGCGAGGCUCGGUCUCCUCCGAGCGACUCUUCUCCCGUUCCUCUCUCUGUCGUGACGGACCGAACAGAGGACCAAGCCGACGCACCAUGCAGUCCCUCAGUAACGAACAGAAGGCGUCUAAAGUUCUGGGCGUGGUCUUUCUGCUCUUCGUGAUCAUGUGGUGUCCGUUUUUUGUGACGAAUGUGAUGGCGGUGGUUUGCGGCUCUGCGUGCGAUGAGGAUUUGGUCGGGGAGUUGAUGAAUGUGUUCGUGUGGGUCGGUUAUCUGUCAUCAGCGGUCAACCCUUUCAUAUACACCCUCUUCAAUAAGACUUACCGUGCCGCCUUCGCCAGAUACAUGUGCUGCCGUUACCAUGAGAAGAAAAGACCUCUGCAGUUAAUAUUGGUUAACACCAUCCCUCCUCUGGCAUACAGCUCAUCCCAGCUUCCCCUGAAGUCUUCAGGUAGAAGGGGAGAGGGCACCCAUUCUGGAGGCUUCUCCGACAAAGACAAAUCUAAGUCUGUAAACGUACAAAACAAGCAGGAUGAGGUUGUGAGCCAUGUGUGAGUCCAGAACAGAUUCAAGACUGAAUAAUUUAUCAUUUGUUUAUAGUUUUAUAAAUUAUUGUAAUAUAUCAGGGUUGUUUCAACCCAUGCUUGGUUAAAAAAUAUAUAUUCAGUCAUUGGGUUACAUUCAUGUAGAAAAUGUCUAUAUUCCAACCAUGGAAUGAAACAACCCAGCAUUUUGUUUUGAAAAAUAAAACUGUUGGGUUUGUCCAUACUUUAUCCAACUAUGGGUUGAACUAAGUAUUUAUUGUGUGGUAAAGUGUGAUCUGUAGUUGAGUCAGAGUCAAGACCAAGACCAGAGACUGUAUGGCCCUGUCCCAAAUGGCACACUCCUGACUUUGUUGACAUCAUGUAGGCCCUGUCCCAGAUGGCGCACUUCAUGUGGACUUUCGGUCUCGUGGCCGGUCUGCGCGAACUCGCUUAGUCUACGAGUCCGUAGGGUGUCCCAUCUGUCAUUUUUACGAUCCGAAGUGUGCUCAUCAGUGCCCCCUUUGCAUUUUACCAACCCAGAAGUCCUUGCGAAAGAGCAAUCAGACCAAUCAGACGACGGAUGGGAGGAGUUUACACUGAUGGACAACUUCUCUUGCUAUUUCCGUCGUGACCCUCAAAUCUGUCCCAAAAUACGACUUUGGUGCACCCUUUUGGACUUGCGUCAAGGGUCCCUAAGGUCUGCACUACAUGAUGUCAUCAAAGUGUGGACUUUAACAAGAUCCACAAGUCUGGAGUGUGCCAUUUGGGACAGGGCCGUAUUGCAGACUUUAGGGACCUUUGAAGCGAGUCCACGAGGGCGCACCAGAGUCAUAUUUUAGGACAGACUCUAGCGUUAUGCCGGAAAUAUUGUAAGAGGAGAAGUUGUCCAUAAGUGUGAACUCCUCCCAUCCGUCGUCUGAUUACUCUUUCGCAAGAACUUAUGGGUUGGUAAAGUGCGUGAAGCCUGCUGCAGUGCGGGCUUUGCUGAAGACCGCAUCAAGGGUGCAAAGGGGGCGCUGAUGAGCACACUUCAGAGUGUAAAAAUGACAGAUGGGACACCCUACGCCAUGAGAGCGAAAGUCCACAUGAAGUACGCCAUAUGGGACCGGGCCUAUAUUUGGACACUUGAUUUCUGGUCUUGACUCGGACUUGAGUCGGACUUGACAACACCACUGUUGAUCUGAUGACGCAGGAGGCACAUCGGGUGAAAAUGCAACUUAGUUAAAUAAUAUCCAAAUGUGUCAUUGCCAGAUGUGACAGAGGCCUUUGUAGAUGUAAACAUAUAAAACCCAUGAAAACAAAGCACAGAACCAUAAGCACAGAUGAUACAACAUACGGCUUACAGUCAAGAGGAUAGACAGACUGAUCAUGAGCUCUUUGUUAUGUGCUAACAGCAAUAAAGUUCAUAGCUCACUUUGUGGAACUUCAAACAAAACAUGCAUUUUGGAUUUGUAAAAUACUUGUACUGUAUAUGUAAAGCCUUAUUCACACUGAUCCGACAAACGGCAGUCAUCAUUGACAUGAUUGUCAAGUAUUUCCAUACUCGAACUUUAACCGAUGCAUUUAACCCAUCCAAGUGAGUAGUGAACACACACACAGAGCAGUGGCAGCUAUCAACAGAGCGCAACUGGGAGAGAGCAGUUUAUUAGCAUUUGACAGUGCUAUUCUUCGGAAAAUCACAUUACAUUGCUUGUGUUUAGUCUGUCAAAUGCAAUGCCAAUGGGGGUCUCAAACAGGUUUGUUGGAAUUUGUUGGACCAUUGUGAAUUAGCCUUAAAGCACAAAAGAGUUUGAUUACCGUCCAGUAUGUUUAUACAAACAUUUAAUGCGAAAACUGAGGAACCUGUUACCCGUGCAAAUUUGUUGUAAAGUUCAUUUUCUGAGAAAUACUUUAUUUAAUUUAUUAAUAUUAUACUGUUCUUGUACUGUAAAGACCUGUGUUUGACAUGUGGGUAGAUGAAAUAAACGUUUCAAGGAA